AUGAUUGAAAAGCUUCAAGCAGACCUUGCUACUGAGAACGCUCUCAUGGAUACACUUGCCAUCAAAACUGAAAAAGUGCAAGUUGUUUCAACCCACCUCUCUCAUGCCAACACAAAGAUUCAAGAGCUUAUGCCUGAUAAAGUUGUGGUCAAAAGUGUUGUCAUUGAUGUUAAUAAGUUUUUGCAUAAUCUCAUCAAGACUCAUGAUUCUAUGCUCACAGUCUCUGUUCGACAACAUUUGGUUAACAAACUUCAACCAAUAUUCUAUAUGCUUGAUCUGAUAGAUGGUGUUUCGAAAUUUGGUACUCUUUCGAAACAAUGCGGAGAAGCAAAGAAGGUAUCUGGUGAAGAAAUUAAGAAACCAGUUGGUGGCUCUGAUGAGCACGAAUAG